GCCGACAAUGACACGCCACUCUCAUGAAGCCAACUUGAAUCCCGCUAUGUCGACCAUAGCUAUACGUGUCGAGCUCCCCGCCUACUCUCACUCCUUCCAAGUUCAUGUUCCUCCCUCGGCAUCCGUCCAAGAUCUCAAGCGAGAGAUAGCCCGCACUUGCCCCGGGACUCCUAGGGUGGAAGGCCAGCGCUUGAUAUGCCGGGGUCGCGCGUUGGACGAUAGCGAGCGUGUUGAGGAUGUUUGGAAGUCCCCCGACCAACUGCGCGUCGUACAUCUGGCCGUACAUCCCUCGGCUUGGACUGGGGCACCUCCCAGGACUGCUCAGGCAUCUGCGGCCAAUCCUAUUCCCGCACCGACAAGUGUGUUUCCGCAAUCGUCGAUACCCCACGCCAGGCGGACGAUUCCCACCUGGCCUUCCGGGGACCCAGAAGCGGACUCUCGGGCGUACUCAAAGGCAGCCUUGGAGUACGUGUACAUCAAGCACCGAGAGGCGCUGUCUGCCUUGACGGGGCAGCCGGUGAUGCCGCUCCCACCAAAUCUGCUGGAUCUGCGGCCCAUGGCCAAGAGCUGCUUGGAGUCACGUCAUGGUCUCAAGUGGCCGGCUAUCCUCGACGAGCCAUUGCCAGAUGUCGAGGGCGAGGGUGAAGGUGUCGUCUACGACCGGACACUCAUUGACGGUGUCCCCUACUAUCGCCUCAGAGAUCCGCAGGCAAAGCCAACGUCGCGACAGAUCCAUGCGGCGAAGGUCCUAGCCAUUACCUUCCCUCUCCUCAAUCUUCCACCUGCACUUCCUCCGACCCCCGUAGCCGUUCCUUCACUUCCAACUGGACUGCCGCCUGAUGUCCACCAACUCAUGCGCCAGCUCAACUUGCCGCCUAUGGCUCCUCUCAGAGUGGACGGCGACAACGUUCCUGGAGCAAACGGGAUCAACGUCGUUCACGUCAAUCGGCCCGCGAUCCCUCCUGAGUUGCAGAACCUCCAGAUCCGACCUCUCAUCGUACCUCUCCUUGUUCUUGUCUUCCGCGUCAUGCUUCUGCUCUACUUCCUCGAUCCGGAGGACUCCCCCAUCUACGCUGUCUUCAUCCUCGGAUUCGUUAUAUGGGAGAUGUGGGGCUUGAUCAUGAGGGGGAUCCCGAGGGAGCCAGGUCAACAACGGGAGAACGGUGGAAACGCUGCUCCAGCUGCAGCGGGCGCGCCAGCCAACGAGGGGAAUGGUGCGGCGCCGAACAACAUCGCUUUGGCUGCGAAUAUCCAGUCCCAAGCAACGGAAUAUCUGGGCGCCCAAGGCCUCGCGGCUGAGGAAGCAGCGCUCAAUGCACCCAAUGCGCCGCCGCCGACUAUGGGUCAGAAAGUCAUAGCCUUCACAUCGCUUCUUCUCAGCACCAUCCAUCCUGCGGUUUGGGAGCGUCGGCGCGCACUUCUGAGGAGACGCGAGGGUCAGAUCAGGACGGAGGAGCGGGCUCGGCAAGCUGCCCAAGAACGGGCGGCAAAUGGAGAAGGGGAUGACUCGACGGACCACCCGGCUCUGCCGCCUCUUCGCCCUCGGGCGCCAUGGGUACAAGAGUAUGUCGAAAGAGUUCUCGCCGACGAAUGGGUGGAUGAGUCUGCAGAUUGAUCAUGGACUAUAUGUUGUCAAAGGGGAUGGAUCUAUUAUAUUCGUGUACUAUCGUUGUCAUGUCGCUAUUCAUCGAGGCUUUGAGGUUGCUUUCUUCGGAG